UCUUCUAACCCGAUAGAUUCACGCUUCAGAACUCCUGGAACAAAAGAAAAACAUAAUCACUGAGCGACAAAAGAAGUGAGAAUAGAUCCUCACCCCUGUUCUAUUCUAUCAGUCAACGUUCAAAUUUCCAGUUCCCAGAAGUACAACCAGCAAAGGCCUUGAACCUGUAGAAAUGGCCACUCAAUCACUUUUCCUUGCAAACCCACCUUCCAUCUUAUUAGCUUCAUCAAGCAUUUACAUCAAAGGAGAGGAACAAUGGCUUGGAUGCCUUCCACUAAAGAGAAAACAAAUGCACAUAAGGCUUUCAAAUGGCUAUAGAGUAAGAGCAAGAUCAGCUUUAAAUGCUGAUUCUACAGCAAUAGAAAUUCCUCGUCAGUGGUACAAUCUGAUAGCAGAUCUAUCUGUAAAGCCUCCUCCUCCAUUACAUCCCAAAACUUGUGAACCAGUCAAACCAGAAGAUUUGUCUCCUUUAUUUCCUGAUGAGUUAAUUAAGCAGGAGGCUACCAAUGAAAGGUUCAUAGAUAUUCCUGAUGAAGUUCUUGAUAUUUACAGACUCUGGCGCCCAACCCCUUUAAUUAGAGCCAAGAGGUUGGAGAAGCUUCUGAAUACACCCGCUAGAAUUUACUACAAGUAUGAAGGUGUCAGCCCUGCUGGAUCACACAAACCCAACACAGCAGUUCCACAAGUUUUCUACAACGCACAGCAAGGGAUCAAGAACGUUGUGACAGAAACUGGUGCUGGCCAGUGGGGUAGUUCACUAGCCUUCGCAUGCAGCUUAUUUGGUCUCGGAUGUGAAGUGUGGCAAGUUCGUGCUUCUUAUGAUCAGAAACCAUAUCGGAAAUUGAUGAUGCAAACAUGGGGUGCAAAAGUUCAUCCCUCUCCAUCUGACAUUACUGAGGCAGGUCGUAAAAUCCUGCAAAUGGAUCCAUCAAGCCCAGGAAGUUUAGGGAUAGCUAUUUCAGAAGCUGUAGAGGUUGCUGCCACAAAUGACGAUACCAAGUACUGUCUGGGGAGUGUUCUCAAUCAUGUUUUGCUACACCAAACGGUGAUAGGGGAAGAGUGCAUUAGACAAAUGGAAGCCAUUGGUGAAACCCCAGACUUGAUCAUAGGGUGUACUGGUGGUGGGUCCAAUUUUGCAGGACUUAGUUUCCCGUUUAUAAGAGAAAAGCUCAGUGGAAAAAUCAACCCUGUUAUUAGAGCAGUUGAACCUACAGCUUGUCCUUCAUUAACAAAAGGUGUCUAUGCAUAUGAUUUUGGUGACACAGCAGGGAUGACUCCAUUGAUGAAGAUGCAUACACUAGGGCAUGACUUCAUUCCAGACCCAAUUCAUGCCGGGGGCUUACGUUACCAUGGUAUGGCACCAUUGAUUUCACAUGUCUACGAAUUAGGAUUCGUUGAAGCAGUUUCAAUUCCCCAAAACGAGUGCUUUCAAGGUGCAAUACAGUUUGCUCGAUCUGAAGGGCUAAUUCCAGCUCCUGAGCCAACUCAUGCAAUUGCUGCCACCAUCAGGGAAGCGCUCCGCUGUAGGGCGACUGGAGAACCAAAGGUUAUUCUCAUGGCAAUGUGUGGGCAUGGCCAUUUUGACUUGACAUCUUAUGAGAAGUAUUUGCAGGGAGACAUGGUUGACCUGUCAUUUGAGGAGGAGAAAAUAAAAGAAUCAUUAGCCAAAAUUCCUCGAGUAACUGGCAUGAGCUAGUGGUACAUUUAUACUGAAAUGUUUAGGUUGAAUUCCAGACUGAUGGACCAUUAAUAACUUUUGUUGAUGUAGAUUUCAUGAUU